CUCUGCGAGUCUGCAGAGCUCUGCGUUUUUGCUCGUCUUCUUCUUCUUCCUCUGCAAUUCGUUGGCUUUUCUGGUUUUUCGCGUUGGUUUAGCUUUUCAUGCUGCUUUGUUGGCGUGCCUUCUUUCCCUUCUUUCGUCCCCAAACGACCUCGUUUCGUCCCCUUCUUUCCCUCUCAUAUCCUUCGCGGAGACUUGAAUAAAAUGGCAGUGAAAUUCAUUCCUUUUGUCUGAUCAAAACAGAAAAUUUUAAACCGAGAUUUUUGGUUGGCGAAAUUUUGAUCAUUUUUUUGGGGGAGGACUACUGCGGCGAUGAUGAAUUCGACUCGGACCGAAAGCCAGGAGCCGAGCAUCGACACCGAUAAGCUGAGCUACGAGAUAUUCUCGAUAUUGGAGAGCAAGUUCCUGUUUGGCUACGACGAUCAGAAGCUCUGGGUUCCCAAACAGGUCUCUCCGUCCCCCACGCCGGUCUCCGACUCCAAACCUGACCCCGCCCAGCUGGUGGGCGUUCAGCCCCAAUCUGAAAAUGGCGUCGCGGCGAUCAAAAACCAGAGGGGCAAAGUCUGCAUUCUCAGCAUCGACGGCGGCGGAGGAAUGAGAGGGAUUCUCUCCGGAAAGGCCUUGGCGUAUCUAGAGCAAGCGUUGAAGAAGAAAUCGGGGAAUCCGGACGCCAGAAUCGCCGAUUACUUCGACGUCGCCACUGGAGCUGGCGUCGGAGGUAUAUUCGCAGCCAUGCUCUUCGCCACCAGAGACCACGCCCGCCCGAUUUUCAAGGCCGACGACACGUGGCGCUUCCUCUCCGAUCACGGCAAGAGCUUGUUCAACAAUAACCGCUCCUCCACCUCCGCCUCCUCCCCCGGUUUGCUGCGUCGCCUCAUUCGAGGUUCUGGUUCGGGCUCGGGUUCUACGGGGUCCGCCACGGCCGGUUUGGAAAAAGUGAUGAAAGAGGCGUUCGUAGACGACGACAGGACCUUGACGUUGAAAGACACGCUCAAGCCGGUUCUAAUUCCGUGCUACGACCUCUCCAGUACGGCGCCGUUUCUCUUCUCCAGGGCGGACGCCCUCGAGACCGACAGCUACGACUUCCGCCUCUGGGAGGUCUGCCGCGCCACGUCAGCCGAACCGGGAGUCUUCGAACCGGUCCAAAUGCAGUCCGUCAACAACCAGACCAAGUGCCUGGCCGUGGACGGCGGCUUGGCCAUGAGCAACCCGACCGCGGCGGCGAUCACGCACGUCCUGCACAACAAGCAGGAGUUCCCGUUCGUGCGAGGGGUCGAGGACAUAAUGGUCCUUUCCAUAGGAAGCGGCCAGUUUCUGGAAGAAGCGAGGUACGCGUACGAGCAAGUGAAGAAGUGGCGAGCCAAGGAAUGGGCCCGGCCCAUGGCCCGAAUCGCCGGCGAUGGGUCAUCCGACCUGGUAGACCAGUCCGUCGCCAUGGCGUUUGGUCAGUCCGGGAGCAGCAACUACGUGCGCAUUCAGGCAAAUGGGACAAGCUUAGGACGUUGCGGGCCAAAUGUAGAUACAGACCCAAGUCCUAACAACGUUAAGAAGCUGGUAGGAGUGGCAGAGGAAAUGCUGAAACAGAAGAAUGUUGAAUCGGUGCUCUUUGGCGGUAAGAGGAUCGGCGAGCAGAGCAAUUUCGAGAAGCUCGAUUGGUUUGCCGGAGAACUGGUGCUCGAGCAUCAGAGGAGGAGUUGCAGAAUAGCUCCCACUGUUGCCUUCAAGCAAGCUGCUCCCAAAACAAGUUAGAACUCAAGGGAGAAUGGAGAGACAUCAUCAAAAGGAGGAAAAAACAGGAGAAGAGUAAUGUGAAAAGGACUAGUAGCUAUUUGUAGAAAGGGGUGGGGGUCCGGGAGGAGGGGAGAGAUCUGAGUGGGAUUUGUUUGCCUGGCAGAGGACAUGCAUUUGUGGUCUCCCACAGUCUCUACCUUUAUACAAUGGCAAGGGACCAAAGUGAGAGAGCUUCAAAAGCUUUUGAGAUAUCAAAUUUUCAGUUUCAAAAAUUGAGUGCUCAUCAUGGGUGGGAAAAUCUGCUUCCAUUUUUUUUAUUUCUUCCCAUACCCUUUUCCUUUUUGUAUUUUUCACAUUCCCCCCCAGAUGUUUUUACAUUUCUUGUCUUUUCAUCCUCGUCUCAAGAAACUUGAGGGGUGGUGGGUGGUGGGUGGUGGGUGGUGGGCUGGCUACCCUAUAGGGCCUAUACAACUGUGGAAGACCCAGAGUUGAAAAAAUAGUCAAAGCUAUUUGUCUGCAGAGUAAUUUUCAGGGUGUGGUUUAUAUUUUUCAAGCAACUGACCGUAUCCAUCUCUCAUGGGUAGGGGGUGGGGGGGUGGGUUCCUUCUAGUUGUUGAUGGGUGGGGCUUUCUGGGGUUAGGGGAGAAAUGUACUAUUCUUUUGUUUUUCCUGCAUGUUGAAGAAGUGUAUUAUUUUUGAAGUUGCAGAAUCGUUUUAAGAAAGUUUCAACUUUUUUUGUACAUUUUUUUAAUUUAAAGAAGUGUUUGGUUUGGUUGUUUUGUUCGGGUGGCUGUGGAAUUCUUCACUUUUUCUUUCAGUUUUAUGGGACGAAUACGCUGUCAUUGUGAUGUUGAGUGCUAAUAAUAUAAUGUCUUGUACGACUUUUUUA